UUGUACAAAUUUUUGUGGCAUAAAUAUAUUGAGUGAUGGGUAAUUACUAACAGUAGGCAUUAUGCAACUUUAAUCAUCUAUUAUUUGUGAGCGUAUCCUGUUGGCAGUUAUUUCUGUGGAUUGUGUCAUAAUUUGUUAAAACUUUCAUGAAAACAGCAACAUUUUUCACGGUAGUAAGAUUCUUGUGUCCAGCUAGUUAGACAGAAGACCAUUGUAAAAACUAUCUCAGCCAUGUCACUGAGUACAAGGGAGCAGCCCAUCUACACCACCAAGGCUCAUGUGUUCCAGAUAGACCCCCAGACCAAGAAGAACUGGAUGCCCGCCAGCACAGUGGCUGUUAGUGUAGCCUACUACUAUGACAGCAACAGGAACUCCUACAGGAUCAUCAGUGUGGAGGGAACCAAGGCCAUCAUUAAUAGCACCAUCACACCUAACAUGACCUUCACCAAGACAUCACAGAAGUUUGGACAGUGGUCAGACCCAAGGGCUAACACAGUGUAUGGACUGGGCUUUGCUACAGAAGCAGACCUUCAAAAGUUUAUAGAAAAGUUUCAAGAGGUGCGUGAGCUAGCUAAACAGACGCCUGGUGAGAGCAAUGGUUCAGGAGAACCCCACUCCCCCCUGGCUACCCACCCUGUACAUGCGGCACCACUACAUUCCAGGAAUUCCAGUGUGUCUAGUAAUCAGAGUGAUGGGUCUGAAAAACAACAGCGUUUGUCUACCUCCGGUCUUCCUACAGUUGAAUACCAGCUCAAGUAUGAAAAUGACAGGCUAAAGAUUGCUCUAGCACAGAGCUCUGCCAAUGCUAAAAAAUGGGAAAUUGAACUCCAGACAUUAAAAAACAACAAUGCUCGUCUGACAACUGCUCUGCAAGAAAGCACUGCUAAUGUAGAAGAAUGGAAGAAACAACUAGCAGCAUACAAAGAGGAGAGUGCCAAGUUGAAAAAACAGACAAUUGAGUUAGAGCAGACUGCUAAUGAUGAGCAAAUUUCUGGGCUGCAGCAGCAGUUAAAGGAAACGACAGAACAACUGCAGGCUGUUGAACAAGAAAGGGACAGCACUACAGAGGAACUGAGAGGGGCACUUAAAAGAUUAGAAGAACUUAACAUUAGGGUGGAGCAAAAUGGAAAAAAUGAAGCCCAUAUAAAGGACCUAGAAAAAGAGAACAGCACUUUGCGCAAAAAGGUGUCUUCCUUGGAAUCUGAAUUGAAACAGCUGAAAUUACAACAGUCUAAAGACAGGCAUGAAUUGUUGACGUUACAUAAAGAUAUUGGAACAAAAUUACAAGAAGUUACAAAGUUGCAUGAAAAAUUGGCACAUCAUCCGGUCCUGAGUCAAAGUGAUGCCUAGAUGGUGGCAGUGAGGAGAUUUGCCUAAUACUUUUAUGCAGUUAUAAUUCUGAAGCAUGGGCUUCAUGUGCAUGCAUUGAACAAGUUUAAAUGUUCCUUAAUAAUUUCAUGCCAUGUAGUACAGCAAUGAUGAAGCAUAUUUAUAGAAUGGUGAAGAAAUUCGAGUGCUAAGAGUGCUGUCCAAAUGGAGUGUCAUUGUACUUGCCAGGGUAUCGAGAUGUUUGAUUUAUACAUAUUAUAUAUAUAUAUAUGUGUGUGUAUACACUUUACAGUAUUGCUCUUUAACUCAAUCACAAGUUAAGUGCAUUUUUAAAGUUAUAUUUAUAGGAUUAACAAAUUUAUUCUGUAUAUCCCAGUAUCCAUCUGAAACUGCUGAUUGCAAACCUUUAUUGAAAUUAGGGUUCUAGUCUGCUUAAAAUCAAAAUGUUGUUUUAGGAUUAGGAAUCUCUGUUAUUAUCUUUAUUCUUUUGUUAUAUAUGUAUAUAUAGUAAAGCAAAUGAAAUGAAGAGGUUGAUUUACAUUAGAGCACAAUAUGCUGCUAGGCUUCUCACAGCUGAAUAGGAUGUCCUUACAACUUCAGGUGUCUUCUCAUUCAGUUGAUACAAAUGGUGCAUUAGACGAGUUGCAUUUGUCAAUAAUUUCUUUACUGAUACAUCUCCAUUUUUGACAAAGAUGUAGAUAUACUUCUAAUAGUUGUGACUACUCACAUAUCACACUUGGACAGAAUGAUAAAUGCAGCAUAUCAUGAACAUUGAUUGAUGCUAUAAGAUAUUUUGAUGCCUGAACUUUUUGAUAUUCAUUAGUAAAACUACUACUUUUGACAAGCCUGUAUUACAAAAGAAACUAAAUACCAGUUGGCUACUAGAUGCUGAAUGAUACCAGUCCUACUCGUUUGUUCAUAGCUGUUAUCAAUUUAGUUGAGAUAAUCACAGAUAAUGGAAGACACAGGGUCAACAUGUUGGUUGGGUGAUAAACUCCUAACGUUUUGCCAACUAUGACUGCAUUCCAGAGUAAUUUUAAUCAGAAUGUUAAAUUUCUACCAUGUUUGUGAAAAUUUAAGGUAAGAUGGUUUUUUAAUUUUAAGAAAUCAUUUGUGUCAUUUCAGAUUGAUGCAAGUCGAUAAAUUUUCUGUUUUCAACUUUCCUCAGUAUUUACCCACCCCUUUCUGGUUUAGAUACAAACUUUGAAAUAUUGUGCAUAAGAAUACAUAUUUUAAAAGCCAUUUCUCUUACUGUGUUUAGUCAAUUUGCAAUUUCAAGUUUUUUUUGUAUCUGGUAGAAAUGCAAGUUUCAUAACUUUUAAUACAUGGGGUACCUUUACAGCAGGCUACCUGAUUAGAAAAUAAGUGGCUUUAAGUGAAUAUCCCCCAAAACAGCUUCUGAGAUUAAGUAUUUGAAGGGAUUUUAUUGCUGCUAUGGACUGCUGUUUUAAUGUUCCCACAAAGCAGUCAGGUAGAAACAAACCUUUGCCUGUAUAACAAGUUAUCAUAUAUAUAUAUAUAUCAGUGUUAUUUUACCAAGACAUCAUUUUUGUCUUAUGUAUGUGGUUAAUAUUUUUCUAUGCAAUGCCAACUUAUAUAACAGAGUAAGUUGCCCUAUACAAUCAUUAUGAAUAAAUGUAUUUAAAUAUGUAACUAUA